GUCAGCUGUAACCUAUGGAAAAAACUCUCUUAUGAUAAUUUCUGUUUGUAAAAGUUUUUGCUAUAUCCUCGUUGGCCUUUAUUCUACGUAUUUGAGGAAUCUAUGUAACACAGAAUAUUUUGGUUGAGUUUUUAUUCUUUGUCAUCAUGUCGCAGUCUUCCUUCAGUUUUAAACCAUCCCCAGCUAAUUCAAAUCGUGGAAGUUUCGGUUCUUCGGUUAGUGAAUGUCUGACGAUUACAGAUAGAUCAAAUUUGGAUUCUGAAGAAUGUGGCGAGAAGAUUGAAGUGCUAGAACUAUUGAAAGGUAUUGAUUGUCCUCGGAGAGUGAUUUCAAUAAAUCUUUCAAUUGAAUGCUACAAAAGGCCAGUGAUUGGUGACUUGUACAAUGCACUCGAAAGAUCUAAAAUACACGUGGAUAACAACUGUAGAAUCUACUGGCAGAACAAACUCAACUCUAUCUUGCCAAUUUUCAACCACAUAACAUUGUCUCUAUUCCUACAAACGGCUUCAAACUUCAAUAGAAGGUUAUUCAUAGUCAGGGAUAUGACAGCUGGUAGAAGAAACAAAAGUAAGAUGGAUUUUGGAUUACAUUUGUAUACAGUUGACAAAACCGAUGAAGAAAUAAUUCUUGGUGUGACUUCAAACAAGAAUAAGAUGUUCGAUAAAACAGAAGAAGCUGCAAAUUCGUCACUACUGUUGAUUGGUAGAUACGACCAUAUGCCCAUUGAACGAGCCCGAUCAGCUGUCAAAGAUAAGUCAACCGCGUCAUCAAAAAGAGAUAAGACUCCUAAAACUGUGAAGAAGAGUGGAAAAAGUGUAAAAUGAAAUCUAUCAAUCUUUCAUAACAUGAAUCCAUGGAAAGUUAUGUGGAGUAUUUGAUGUACUUUUGUACUUUAUCAGUAAAUUCCUUGAAAAAUAUGCGGUUUUUGUUGGAAAACGUAUGUAUCGAGAAAAUAAAAUAUUUAACAACCUGAA